AAGAGGCCUAGUGGGGUGGGGAAUCCAGGCUCCCUAGCAAGCUGUAGCACUUCCCUCCAAGGAGCCACAGCCAUGGAGGUCAAGACUUGGGCCAAGGACAGAAUCUAUUUGACCAUGGUUGGGCUGGGACUGCCUACCAUCUCCAAAGAAGGGCUUGUGCUGCUUCUGUUACUCUCAGCAGGUGAGAUGAUCCUGGGAGCCCAAACAAUUGAUGGUAUUGAUAUCCGUGAUUCCAGAGCGAGUUCAUGCAAAGAGAUCUCGCAGCAUCCACGUUUUGUUGCCAAAAAGAGAGACAGCCUCUUUGAAGUGACCUGCCAUGUAAGCCAUUCUGGUGAAGUGAGCUGGCUGCUGAAGCAGGAGUCAGAUCCUGACCCGCGGGUUCUAAAACUUGACAAUGAACGGCUGAAGAAUUUUAGGAGUAACAACACUGUCACUCUCGUAAUCCAAAAAGUACAAUUUGAGGACAAUGGCAUCUAUUACUGUCAACAAGCUUGUGUGGAGAAUCCUGAAAAGAUGUACCAGGGCUGCGGCACUGAGCUCCGAGUCAUGGGGUACAGCACCGUGGCCCAGCUAAAGCGGAGGAACACUCUGAAAGAUGCCAUCAUUAUGAUCCAGACCUUACUCAUUAUUGUCUUCAUCACCGUCCCUAUUUUCCUGUUGUUAGAUAAGGAUGAUAGCAAGGUGGCCCUGGAGGAUGAUCACACUUAUGAGGGUCUGGAAAUUGACCAAACAGCUACUUAUGAGGACAUCGUGACACUUCGAACGGGAGAAGUAAAAUGGUCAGUGGGUGAGCACCCAGGCCAAGAGUGAAGGUUCCCCACCUGACAAUUCUUCCUUCACUCCCCAUCCCUCCAUCAACCUCCUGGAGGCAGCUCAUCCAGCAAAUAAGCUUCAUGGACCUGCUCUGGUUUCCAACCUAUUACUCCUUUUCCUCUGCCCAUAACUGUCCUGCCUCCAAUCCCUCUCAACUCACAACCAUCUCCAGAGGAGUGGAAACCUGUAGUGCUUAGUAGAGCACAAGAUUUAGGGGAAUUUGUCUCCCUAAAACUCUGGGAAUUGGCUGGGGGAGAAGGAGAUAGAGUAGAGGGAGACACAGACUUGAUGGGGAAAAGGAAAGUAAAACAAAGGGAAACAGAUUUGGAGUCUGGUGAGGAAAAAUGGAAAGAAUCUAUAAAUCUGACUCGGAGUGAUCUAGGAGACCAGGUCACACUUGGCCCCUACAGCACGGCUCCUCCAGCCCAAAGCAAACAAGGACCAGGAUCGACUCUGAAACUCAGACGGCCAACUGACUCAAUCCAAAUUAGGGACUGUGGAGAUAUAUCCCCUUCUCCCAUCUCCAAGGGUUUGUUGGGCCCUUCCUGGUCUCCUGUGCAUAACUUCUGAUGUAAUAAACUGUGUGUUUUGAGAAAA